AUGGAGAAACUAAUGAAAAAUCAAGAAAUGGCCAGCAAGAACCAUGAAGCUUCUAUGAGGAACCUUGAAAGGCAAAUUGGGCAAUUGUCUAAGCAGCCAGCUGAAAGGCCAAGCAAUACAUUCCCAAAUGACACCAUUCCUAACCCCAAGGAAGAAUGCAAGGCCAUCCAACUUAGAGGUGGCAAGACAUUAGAGAAUGACAAAGUUGACAGCAAGAAAGAAGUAGAGGUUGAAGAGGAUGAUAAGGUGAACUCCAAGAAGGAUGAAGAACCACAAACUCCAAAGAAGGGAAAGCAAGUCCCAGAGGCACAACCACAAGAGCUGAGAAAGGAGGUGAAGCCAUAUGUCCUUCCACUACCUUACCCUCAAAGAUUGCACAAAGACAUCAAGGACCAGCAAUUUCCCAAGUUCUUGGAGAUCUUCAAGAAGCUAGAGAUCAACCUUCAACUUAUUGAGGCCUUAGAGCAAAUGCCUCUCUAUGCGAAAUUUCUCAAGGAGCUUAUCAACAAGAAAAGAAGCUGGAAAGAAAAAGAAACUGUGAUCCUAACCCAAGAGUGUAGUGCUGUGAUUCAGAAAGGCUUACCACCAAAACUCAAAGAUCCAGGGAGUUUCUUCAUACCAUGCACUAUUGGGAACAUACCAAUUGACAAAGCUUUGUGUGACUUGGGAUCCAGUAUCAAUCUGAUGCUACUAUCCAUGAUGAGAAACGUAUCUAUAGAGGACGUAAAGCCCACAAGAAUGUCAUUGCAACUAGCUAAUAGAUCACUCAUAAUACCCAAUGGAGUGGUAGAGAACUUUCUAGUCAAGGUGGGCAAGUUCAUCUUUCUAGCAGAUUUUGUGAUUCUGGACUUAGAUGAGGAAGGAAGUGAUUCAAUCAUACUAGGAAGACCCUUUCUAGCCAUAGCAAGACCCAUCAUUGAUAUAGAAAAAGGAAAGAUAAUCUUGAGAGAACACGAUGAAUAA